CACUUCGAGCAGGUCUAUAAUAACUACUCGCGAACCUGACAAAGAACCAUCAACAAAUAUUCCCGAUCAGCCUGAGACUAACGCCAUGGCUCAAAAUAUUCAGGAUACCACGGCUGAAGACACUACAGCUCAAAACAUUACAAGCACACUUGAAGCCCUUCAUCUUGAUCCUCCAAUCAAUUCACCCGAAACUGUGGAAUCCCUUCGUGCGUAUGAGAAAAGGCCAGGUGAUGCACAGAAGUUUUUAGAUCACAUGGGAAAUAAUUUCAGGUGGCCCGCUUCGAUGCCUGAUAUCACCAGAAGUCACGUCUUCUGGGCUCUUACCGAUGAUUCUUGUAACGUUCUCGAAGGUGACCAGGAAUACGCACUUAAUUGCAUUUACUUCUAUGACAGUCUCGACAAGGGCAUGUUUGAUGGCCAUGAAAAAGACUGGGUACUAAUAUACGAACAGACAGUGAAGAAGUAUGAGUCAGAAGAGUAUACGAAUCAGCAACUGGUGGACCUCGAUGAGGAAAUGCCUGGUGCCCUUUACCUUCCACUUGAUCCAAUACUUCGCGAAAAGUAUGUUAAUCCUUACAUUCCUCCAGCGAGGGCAGUGCUUGCUCGGCGUAAUAAUUAUGGAGAAUACCUGAUCAAAGUUCGGGUCAAAAGAGUUGGAGCGGGGGAUGAAAGUUCUGUCAUACUUGAGUAUCAAUUUAAUGAAAAAUACGAUAAUGAUAAGCUAUACAAAACCGUUAUUGAUACAGGUGCUCCAGAAACGAUAUUAGCCUAUAACGUUCGUCGAAUCCUUGGAACAAAAGGGUGGCUGAGGCGUCCGGGCCAUGCUACUGGGUAUGGAAGCCCUGCUAGAUUAUUUUUGGCCCGUGAUCCAUUUGCAGUGCCUAUCGGAGACAAUAAUAGUUGGACCCAUUGGGUCCAAAUCAAUACGCUUCGAGUCUGGGAAGCGACUCCUGGUGAUCAGGUGGAUUCUUCCCUGAUUGGGGAUGACGUAUUAAAGCAAUUGACCUAUGUGCACCAGCAGGAAAGAGGACUUAUGUUCCUGAGCUCUCGGCAUGAGCCUCUUUUGACAAUAUUUUUAGAUAACCUAUCACCCUAA